CCCUUCUUCCGCGUUAAACCGCGUGAUCCUCCGCUAUAAAUUCCCACAAUACACCCCCAGUUAACUAACAAGCUAAAAAAUUAAUCUCCCCUAUCAUGGCAAAGCUUACGCCGAGGAUGAAGGAAGUCGAGAAAGUAUUUCGAAAAUACGACACCAACGGCGACGGAAAAAUCUCUCUAUCGGAGCUCGACGGAGUUUUGAAUGCUCUCGGCACUAAAACGACGCCGGACGAGGCGAAGCGAAUGAUGCUGGAGGUUGAUACCGACGGUGAUGGUUUCAUCGAUUUGGAAGAAUUCGCUGCGUUUCACUGUCCGGUUGAAGGAUCUAACAGUAAGGAUCUCCGUGACGCCUUUGAUUUGUAUGAUAAGGAUAAGAACGGGAAGAUUUCGGCGUCGGAGUUGCACUCCGUUAUGAAAGGCAUUGGAGAGAAGUGUUCGCUUAAGGAUUGCCGGCGUAUGAUCAGUUCCGUUGAUGACGACGGCGACGGUAGUGUUAAUUUUGAGGAGUUUAAGAAGAUGAUGACUAGAGCUUAAUGGUAGGUGUUUAAUUGAAUAAUUAAACUGAUUAGUAGUUAAAUGUGUUCGUUUCGUUUGACUGAUUUUCAUAUGUGGGUGAAAGUGUUAAUAGGAAUUCGAUUUACUAAAAGUUGAAUAAUCGAAUAUCAAUCAUCCUUGAUUCAAAAACGCCAAAUUGCGUAGUAGAUCUGUUUGCUUUUCAUUAUUUAGUGAUGCGCUUUGAAUA